AUUUAUGACAUCAUAAUUUUUGUAAUAUAAGCAAAUAUAUCAAAGAUUCCUGCAACACGUACUUUGCGAAAACACAAGAAUGGAAGAUACAAAUCUGAAUGACGUGCUUACUAUAAAAAAUUCGGUAAAAAUUGUGAAACUAGGCGAGCAAUCCAAUAUCGAACCAUUCAAAUUGAAAAAAUAUAAGAAAAGAUGGAUAAUACUGAUCAUCUUUUUGAUUUUUAAUGCAGCGGGAACUUAUCAAUGGAUAAAAUAUUCGAUUAUAACUAACAUAAUCGCGAGAUAUUAUGGAGUGUCUUCGUUAAUGGUUGACUGGACUUCGAUGAUGUUCAUGCUGCUUUACGUGAUAUUUGUAUUGCCAGUACAAUAUGUAUCAGACAAAUGCGGUUUGCGAUGGACCGUUAUUUUAGCCAGCGGUUUAAUUUGCCUAGGCUCAUGGAUAAAAAUCUUUUCUAUUCACCCCGACAACUUCUACAUUGCUUUCAUCGGUCAGUCUAUAGUUGGAUUUACUCAGACUUUGACUCUACCAAUACCAGGGCGCUUGGCCGCGCAAUGGUUUCCUUCUAAUGAACUUUCAACUGCUACAUGUUUGGGUAUUUUUGGCAACCAAAUGGGAAUAGCAUUGAGUUUCCUUUUGACGCCAAUAAUAGUGAAAAAUCACGAAAAUUUAGAUGACAUCGGCAACGAUCUAUCGUCUUUAUGCUGGGCUCUUGUAAUCAUUACUACAAUUGCAUUCAUUCUAGUGCUUAUACUAUUUCAGGAAGAACCAAAACUACCACCAAGUGAAUCACGGGCGCUGCAAAAAUUCAAUCGAACGAAGAAUGAAGAGGAAUUUGUUGGACCGAUUAAAAGACUCUGCAAAAACAAAAACUUCAUUAUGCUUUGUAAUUCUCAUGGCUUGAGUAUCGGCGUAUUGAACGUCGUGGCUACGUUACUUAAUCAAAUAUUCCUCACACACUUUGAGAAUGGAGAAGAAGAUGCGGGUAGAAUUGGAUUAUGUAUGAUUAUCAGUGGUACGAUUGGUGCUGUUGUUUUGGGUAUCAUCCUUGACAAAACACAUAAAUUCAAAGAGACUGCCGUGACUGUUUACUUUCUCUCAUUGUGCGGUCUAGUACUAUUUUCGGUAUUUAUUUAUUGCGGCAUAAAAUGGAUGGUAUAUGUGUCGUCCAUUCUUCUAGGAUUUUUCAUGUCGGGAUACUUUGCACUGGGAUAUGAGUUGUGCACCGAAUAUACAUAUCCGGAGUCGGAAAAUUUAACCGCGGGAAUCCUAAAUAUAUCAAAUAACAUUUAUGGUAUGAUACUUGUUAUAAUACUGGGAAUAUUAUUAAAAGAGUACGGCGAUAUUCCGGUGCACGUGACCUUAAGCUCGAUUGUAUUGCUUGGUUUCAUCUUAACUGUUUUAACGGAAGACGAGCAAAGACGUCAGGAUGCAAAGAAGAAAGCUCAGAUUGAAGGAAUUGUGAGGCUCGAGAACGACAACAUUGAUAAUGUUCCAGAAACUGACAAAUUAACUUAUAAUACGAAUUAAUAGAUAUAAAUAUCGAAAAAAAGUU